AUGUCCAUCAGAAUAUCUCUUGAAAAUAAGCCCGAAUUCUACACCAAUCUUGAUUUCGUGUCUGGCAGAAUAAUCCUGAAUCUCAACAAAGCCGAGGCCAUUGGCAGCAUCGUCGUGAAGCUCGAGGGCGAGGCCAUCACUGCCCUGCAGGUCCCUCACCCUCAUCAAGAUGGCGGGGCACAGAGGCAAGGCCCUCCCCCAGGCCCUCCUGGCACCGUUGUGAGCGAGAACCACAAACUACUCUACAAGGUACAGCAGGUCUUUCCUGAUGAGUACUACGCCAGUGGCAACAGCCCCUACGGCGCAUAUCCGCUUCAGCCUGGUGAACAUGAGUUUCCCUUCCAGUUCAAGCUACCUAUCAACAAUGCAUGCAGUGAUCCUAUGGCCAUGUCCAAGAUUGGGGGCAUAGGCGGAGUAGGCGGCUUUGGAUCCGGAGGUGGUCUCUUUGGAGGUGGCUUCAGGGUAAUGGACGGGAGCAAGCAGCUGUAUCUCAAGCAUGUCACCAAAACGCUGCCGCCGUCCGUGACUGGUUUCCCCAUGGAAGCCGAGAUUAGGUAUUAUCUCAAGGUUACAGUCCAGCGGCCAGGCCUCCUCAAAGAGAAUUGGCGUCAUCAGCUGGGAUUCAAGUUCCUCCCCAUUGAGCCACCUCGACCUCAGAAGACUGGCCAAGAGGGCUUCGCUCGCCGGCCAUUCACCUUCAAACCUAAGACGCCCCUUCCAACAGAGAAGAAGUUCAGUUCCAUGUUUAAAAAGAGCGAACCAUCCGACGGCGCUGAUUCUGCCCAGCCUCCGUCUAUCGAGAUCGCAGCAAGAAUACCCCACCCUCCCAUCCUGACUUGCAACCAACCCAUACCGCUGCGUUUAAUCGCCAAGAAGCUCGUCCCGAGCCCCGAGGAAGUAUUUCUUGUCUCAUUCGAGAUGAUUCUUCACGGCAUCACAGAAGUGCGAUGCCACAACAUCUACAACCGGAGGGUUAACAAAUGGGUCGUGGCAUCAAAUGCGCAACUCAACGUGCCACUGACAACCUCACCAGAAGACGAGGUCGGAAAGGAGACAAUCUUACCAGACGAUUUAUGGAAGGACAUGGCCCUGCCCAACACAGUGUCCCCUUCUUUCGUGUCAUGCAACCUGGUUCGAAGAUACGAGCUAGAAAUCAAACUUGGUGUAGCUUGGGGGCAGCCCGGCAAGUCGAACAAGACCUUCUCACGAGACUCGCCCAUGCCCCCCGUCAUAUAUCUUCCUCUGCACUUCAACAACAUCGAAGUAUACUCCGGCAUCAAACCACCGGCCGAGUUGCUCGAGGCCGCGAGGAACUCGCAGCCAGGACGGGCAACAUUCGGCAUGGGACCUCGGCUGCCUCCCCGGACCAACGCGCAAUCAGAGGCAGGGCCUUCUCGACCUCAGCCUCGGCCUGCAGCUCAGGCAGCGCAGUCGUCACAACAAGCGCCGGCCCAUCCACCUACAUACAACCCGCUAUAUCCUCCGCAGCUAGCAGCUGACAACCCCGAUGCUGCGUAUGACGACGCACCGCCCAGCUACGAUGAAGCUGUAGCAGAGAACCUGGCAGGCCCGUUCGAUGGAUUCCAGGAACGGCCAGCUUACAGCGGGAUAACAAAUGAGAACGCCCCAAGCCAGAUGCCUGGGGAAAAGAAUUGA